AUGUCUCUUGAAUCCGCCCUCGAGGAGGAGCGUCUAGAGAUUCUUAAGCUUCUCGAAAGACCAAGCAGGGCCUCCGUGUACCAGCAUGCCUCUGGCGCAUAUUCCACUCCUUCCUCACCCCGACAACAGUACAACUCUGUACUUCCCCCACACCACAGUCACCCACCUCCCCCCAGAGCUGCAACUACAAUUACAUGGUCACCAACCGUCACCCAGAAUGUCAAUGGCAGGCACCGCUCCGAGUCUGGCCCUGUUCUCAAUGGGCCUCCAAAACUGCUCAAGGAUCGUGACAAGCAAGUGAACAGCUUGACCCCGAACGACGCCUACAACUUCUCGAUGAUGCCGUCUGUAGCGCCCCCCAUACCACGAAAGCCUCGCUCUCGCGAUCCAAGUGCUGCGCCUUCCGCUCGAGGAAGCAUCGGGCGACGAUCAAUAUCUCCGAAUACAGGGGAAUUAUUGCGGGAGGAGCUAUUGCGGUCAGCAUCACCCCGAUCUUCUGUAGGACGCUUAUCAUCGCCUUCCCGACAAAACCCCCGAAUUGCGAUGGACAACGAGCCUAAGAUAGACCUUGGUCACGCUUACGCCCGGCUAAAUGACCAAGCCCUUGCGAGUUCCGGUGGCAUACUGGGAACAGGCGAGUCUCUUACUAGCGAAGGCGGUGUUCGCCUGCAGAAAGAUUACGAUCUGGAGGGUGAGCGCGCACCUGAGGACUCGUCUGAAGAGGAGUCCAGCAGCCUGGGGAGCUCCCCCGGGAGUGAAGAGGAGGACAAAGAGGAGAGGGGUAGGCCAGGAUCAAGGUCGCGGCGCAUAGACGGCGCGAAACCAAGCUUUGAAGAAAAUACUAGGGAAUCUUCCGGGAUCAUCAAGAGCAUGAUCAGGAGUGUCGGCGAUCCUGGUGGAGGUGUCAAGAAGAAGGGAAAGAAGGGCGGCGGUAUUGAUGCAAAGAAGGGGACGGGCAACAUGCGAAGGACUAGUAUGAGCUUGUUGGCUGCUGCAGAGGAAGAACGCAAGGAAGUAUCUUCUAGAUACAAAGUACGUUCGCUGCUUCCCUCAAUAUCCAUUACUCCUUCCGGUAGUACUGUUCCGGGCGCAAAUUCCCCCACAACAAGCCGACGCACGGGGGUACACCCAACCACAAACUUUGAUCUGCCAUCUCACACCUCUACUCCCAUGUCAUCUGACACGGAAGCGGAUGUUCUAGACCUUCGCCGUGCGCAGCGAAUGGACAUGAGCGUUUCCCCUAUCGUUUCAACGCCCGAAUCCCAACGUGUGGUCCGUACCAUUCUGCGAGGUGAAUAUGCAGCAAUUUCCAAGGAAGCCGAGGAGGGAAACAGACGAGUCCGCAAAUACCUUGUUGCUACGGAUCUCAGUGGUGAGGCUCAGCACGCACUCGAAUGGACCAUCGGAACAGUUCUUAGGGACGGAGACACCCUCAUGGCUAUCUACGCAAUCGACCAAGACUCCGUUGAGGAUGGCGGCAAGAUUGUAUCCGACGAUGGGAUCAUCGCAGAUAUGACUACCCAAUUGGCAGUGGGGUCCAACCAGACUCUGACGUCAGGAACGCAGACACCCGGGAGUGCGUCACCGCGUACACCAUUUCAAGUAAUGGAAAGGUCCGAAAGGAGUCGGGAAAGGACAAAAGCGGAGCAGGAGAGAUUCGUAGCCGCAGAAGCGAUCACAUCGCUGGUUUCGAAACUGUUGAAGAAAACGCGACUACAAGUCAAGUGCACUGUGGAGGUGAUCCAUUGCAAAAGCCCAAAACAUCUUCUGACAGAAAUCAUCGAUCUUGUAGAACCUACCCUAGUCGUUCUUGGCUCACGAGGCAGAAGCGCUCUCAAAGGUGUACUCCUCGGAUCCUUCUCAAACUACCUCGUUACGAAGUCAUCGGUACCUGUGAUGGUCGCGCGAAAGAAGCUCAAGCAUACAAAGAAAUAUGCAAACACAAACGUCCGGCUGGCGAACAACCUGACUGCGAACGCUACAACUAGACAGUUGGCCGACGCGAAAGUCGAUUAA